AUGAAAGAGGAAGUGCCCACAAACAGCACCAAGCUCCAGCCAGGCUGGUUUGUGCCUACUAAUGGGAGCGCCAGCAAAUCCUUCUAUUUCUCAGAGACUCCUCCUGCUCUUCCCUUAAAUCCUUGGGACGUCGUACUGUGUGUUUCCGGGACAAUCAUCUCCUGCGAGAAUGCCAUUGUGGUGGCCAUCAUCUUUUACACCCCAGCUUUCCGGACUCCGAUGUUCCUGCUGAUCGGGAGCUUAGCUACUGCUGAUCUCUUGGCUGGCUUGGGCCUGAUCUUUCACUUUGCGCUUGUUUAUUGCGUCAGGUCGCAGACGGUGAGCCUCCUCACAAUGGGCCUUCUGGUGACCUCGUUCACAGCCAGCGUGGGCAGCCUUCUGGCCAUUACCAUAGACCGCUACUUGUCUCUCUAUAAUGCACUGACCUACUACUCAGAGAGGACCGUCACCCGGACCUACGUCAUCCUCAUCCUCACUUGGGGGGUCUCCAUCUGCUUUGGACUGCUGCCCGUGAUGGGCUGGAAUUGCUUGAAAGACAACUCCACCUGCAGCAUCAUCAAACCGUUGAACAAGGACCACCUCAUCAUCCUGUCUAUUUCCUUCUUCAUGGUCUUUGCUGUCAUGUUGCAGCUGUACGUACAGAUCUGCAAGAUUGUCUGUCGGCACGCCCAGCAGAUUGCCCUCCAGAGACACUUCUUGACCACCUCGCACUAUGUCACCACUCGGAAAGGAAUCUCCACUUUGACUCUCAUCCUGGGGACUUUUGCCUCCUGCUGGUUACCCUUUGCUGUUUACUGUCUCCUGGGAGAUUACACCUACCCUGCCAUCUAUACCUAUAUGACUGUGCUCCCUGCAACCUAUAAUUCCAUGAUCAAUCCAGUGAUCUAUGCCUUCCGGAACCAGGAAAUACAGAAAGUCUUAUGGGCUAUAUGCUGUGGGUGUAUCUCUUCCACAAUGCCUUUCCAAUCCAGAUCUCCCAGCGACGUCUGA